AUUAUUUUGCAAGCUGCAUUUGUUUUUCUGGCAUUUCUUUCCAUUGUUUGGUAUUUUCUAGUGUGACCCUGCUACGCUAAACAAAACAUACUCAAUUCCAGCCAGUGCUCGCUAAUGCAUUUGAUAUGUCGUGCGAGAAGGCCGCUGUCCAGGACGAACUGCGUCAAUAUGUGGCCAGUAGCAGGGCGCAGCUCCAGCAGCUGCUGCAGCGUCUGCACUGGACAGAGCAGGGCGUGCUACAGCAUCAUCGCCCCCCGAUCCCCGCAACAGGCAGCGUCCUGCUUGCGGAGCAGCUGCCGCCCAGCUGCUCACGCCCAGCCGAGCACAGCGUACAGCUGACUGCGGCACAGCUGCAGCAGCUGUUGCCGGAGUUGCGGCCGCCGCAGCAACUGCUGGAGGCGAACAGCUUCGACGAUCUGCAGGCCAACUUCAGCGCAGCCCAGAAGCUGCUCAUCUAUGAGCAUGUGCUCAGCCGCACGCCACGCCAGCCGCCCAGCUGCGAGCAGAACGCCAACUUUGCGCAACUGGUGGCCGAGACGAGGCGAGCGCAUCGGAAACAGCGACGGCAUCGCAAGAGCAAGCCCACGCUGCACGAGGAGAUGCAUCAGCUGGUCGAGCUGCAGAUGCAGGCGUUCCAGCAGCAGCAGCAGCAGCAACGACAGCAGCAGCCGCUUCCAGCGGUUGCCGGCCGCCACGAGCUGCUGCCCAGGCGACGCAGUCGCAGUCGCAGUCGUGAGCGCAGCCGACGCUCUCUGCCCAAGCAGCGCAGUCGCAGUCGCAGCCGGCGUCAUCACAAGGGCAAACGAAAGCAUUCCAAGCGCUCCCGCAGCCGUUGCCGCUCCCGCUCCCCGCGCAUCCACAAGCGCACAAAAUACAAUUAAUUUCAUCUUUACAUUUCACUUCACGUUCUAGUUGUAAGUUUUAAUGUAAGCGAAAGAGGAGAAAAAAAAACAAUUA